GGCGGGCCAGUCUUUUCUUGGCCGCGAUAUAAUCUGCUCGGGAAGUUGGUUCUUUAGCUUCGACGUUUCGGUAGCGAAGAGUGCGCAAAAUGUGUGACGACGAUGCUGGAGCGCUUGUCAUUGACAAUGGAUCCGGAAUGUGCAAGGCCGGUUUCGCUGGUGAUGAUGCCCCACGUGCUGUCUUCCCCUCGAUUGUCGGUCGUCCACGUCACCAGGGUGUAAUGGUUGGCAUGGGCCAGAAAGAUUCUUAUGUCGGUGAUGAGGCCCAAUCGAAGCGGGGUAUCCUCACCCUGAAGUAUCCUAUCGAACACGGUAUCAUUACUAACUGGGAUGAUAUGGAGAAGGUUUGGCACCACACCUUCUACAAUGAACUGCGUGUUGCCCCGGAGGAGCAUCCAGUUCUGCUAACCGAGGCUCCACUGAACCCUAAAGCAAAUCGUGAACGUAUGGCUCAGAUCAUGUUCGAGACAUUCAACACACCGGCCAUGUACGUCGCCAUUCAAGCUGUUUUAUCUUUGUAUGCUUCCGGUCGUACCACCGGUAUUGUCGCGGAUUCCGGUGAUGGUGUCUCACAUACGGUUCCAAUUUUUGAGGGAUAUGCCCUGCCACAUGCCAUUCUCCGUCUUGAUCUGGCUGGACGAGAUUUGACUGACUACUUAAUGAAGAUCAUGACUGAACGUGGAUAUUCUUUCACAACCACCGCUGAGCGAGAGAUUGUUCGAGACGUCAAAGAGAAACUGUGUUACGUUGCCCUUGAUUUUGAACAGGAAUCUAUGACUGCUGCCAACUCAUCAUCAUUGGAGAAGUCCUACGAAUUGCCUGACGGUCAGGUAAUCUCAAUUGGUGCUGAGCGGUUCCGCUGCCCAGAAGCACUCUUCCAACCUGCGUUUAUUGGUAUGGAGAACUGUGGAGUGCACGAGACUGUUUACAACGCCAUCAUGCGAUGCGAUGUAGACAUCCGAAAGGAUCUGUACGCCAAUAUUGUACUUUCGGGAGGUUCUACCAUGUAUCCAGGUAUUGCCGAUCGCAUGCAGAAGGAAAUCACUGCCCUCGCGCCCACCACCAUCAAAAUCAAGAUCAUUGCACCGCCAGAACGUAAAUACUCCGUAUGGAUCGGCGGGUCCAUCCUCGCUUCCCUGUCCACCUUCCAGUCGAUGUGGAUCUCGAAGCAGGAAUAUGAUGAGUCUGGUCCAUCUAUCGUGCAUCGCAAGUGUUUCUAGAGUUGGUUGGGGAUCGAAUGAAAGCGCGAUUCGGGUUCUUGUAUUUAUUAAGAUUCGUUUAAUUAUUGUAAUAAUUAUUUUAUAAUGUUUAUUUUCAAACAAGGAAUGAACAAUGUGCUUACUAUUUAAGUUAAAAUGAA